AUGGUUUCAAUGGCGGAUCAGACUCUUCUUCAACCUUUCCUAGCCAAAUCCACCACCAAAAUCUCAGCGUCAGAGUCGGAUUUAGGUAUUCUUCUACGCCUUUUCUCUCUACUUCUCGUCGGAGCAAUCUCUUUGUGGGCAAACCACGAGGCGUCAAAAGGUUUCUCUAUAACUAUCAUCAACGAAGCUAAAGAAUCUCCUUCCGGGAAAAGAUUCGCACUUUUCUUCGAAUCUGAUGAUACUGCUGUGCGGAGUUUGCUCCAAACGAGCUUCUUUGUGGAGAGAUUUCUCUACGACGGUGUUCCUCAUCGUCUCCGGAAGCCUGUAAGCCACUUGACCGUCCGAUUCUGUGGAAAUAGCAGUGAUGGAGUAGAGAGGGUUUCGGUAACUUCCGGUGCAAGUCAUGGAGAGUAUGUGAUCAGAUUAAGCUCGUAUCUAGUGGAAAGAAGUGACUUCGGAAACGCCGUGAGAUCAGCAUUGCGACGAUCUAUGGUAAGGAUUUGGCUAUGGGGAGACGAGUCAGGAGCUUCGUCGGAGCUUAUCGCCGGCAUGGUGGAGUAUCUGGCCGUGGAGGAGAGAAAACGUCGACGUUUUGAUGAGUUAGGUUGGUAUUGGAAGAAGGAUAAGGAUCUUGCGUCUGUGGUUAGGUUGUUGGAUUACUGUGAAAGACGUAGCGAAGGUUUCAUCAAACGGUUGAACCAUGAGAUGAGACUUGAUUUGGAUGAUCGGGCGGUGGAUGUGGUUUCGAGUGGUGCGUGUGAUUCACGCAAGGUUGUGUUGCGUAAGCGAAAGAUUGAAGGACAAUGGAUUUGA